AUGCCAGUUUCAAUACCUGCUAGAAAAUCACUGUGUUCUGUUGCUGGUAAGCUGAAUGGGUUUGUUUCAUAUCGUGCAUAUUUAGUACACGGUGCACGAUGGCAAAGAACAGCGUCUGCCAGUGACUCAACAGAACGAAAGACAAAUCCGUGUGGGGAUUUUCAAAGCGCCCUGCCUUUUGAAUCGAUACCAGGACCAAAGGGAUUGCCAUACUUUGGAACUCUUUUACAGUACAAAGCAGGUCGAUUAAAAGUUGCAAACUUGCACAACGUUUUCCUGGAUUACUACAAGCGGUAUGGUAAAAUUGUCAAGGAUACCGUUGCUGGACAAACAGUGAUUCACAUUUUCGAUCCGGAUUAUGUGAAAGACUAUUUCCAGCAAGAAGACAAACUGCCCGAUGUGCCGCCAUUGCUGGACGUCACUAAACAAUACAGAAAUGACCGGAAGCAGUCGCCUGGCCUUGGAAACUCCCUGGGCAAAGAGUGGUACAGACUGAGAAGUGGGGUUCAGAAAGCAAUGCUGGCCCCCACAGAGGUAGUCAGGUACUUCCCUAAGGUUAACAGUGUGGCAGAGGAAUUCCUGCAGAAGCUCUUGAAAAUAAGAGAUGGCUGCGGACAAGUUCCCCAUUUGCGGAAUGAAAUUGCACGCUGGUCCAUAGAAUCUGCAUGGAUCACGGCGUUUGACACCCAUUUCGGAUGCAUUGCCAACAAAGAUCACACGGAAGCCCAGGCCAUAAUUGACGCCAAUGCUCUGAUAUUCCGUCUCUCCGUGGACAUGAAGUUUUCCGUGCCUUGGUACAAGAUCUUCCCCACCCCAAAGCGACGACGGAUCUACGCGGCCGAGGACUACAUAUUAAGUAUUGUCCAAAAACACGUGGAUCAAACUGUCGAGAAGAUCAAAGUAUUACAAGACAAAGGCGAAUUAUUGGACGGUCAAUACAGCUUCUUGACGUACUUGUUGUCAAGGGAACAACUGACGUAUACAGACAUCGUCAUCCUCACGCUCUCACUUCCUUUUGAUGGCGUCAGCACGAACGCAAGAAUGCUUUACUUCAACAUGUACUGCAUUGCCAAGAAUCCAGACGUCCAGAAAAAACUGUACAAUGAAAUCGAGCAACAUCUUCCAGGGGACGAACCUUUGACACCCGAGAAGCUCAGCAAAUUAUCCUACCUCAAGGCUUGUGUGAAGGAAACUUUUAGGUUUUUUCCGAUUGGGCUAGAGAUUUCCCGGAUUUUGAAGAAAGACAUGGUUAUCGGGGGCUAUCAGCUACCUGCCGGAACUCAGUUGGAGAUGAACAACUUCGUGAUGGCCAUGCUGCCCGAGUACUUUGUGAGCCCAGAGAGGUAUCUGCCUGAACGAUGGAUCAAGGACACCUCGACACAAAACAUUCACCCCUUCAUCAUGAUCCCAUUUGGGCACGGCCCGCGCAUGUGUGUUGGAAGACGAUUUGCGGAGCAAGAGCUGUACACGAUGUUGACAAAGCUGUUCAAGACUUUCCACAUUGAAUGGACCGGUGCGGACUUGGACAAGAGCUAUCGUAUUUUGACGGAACCUAGCAGACCGUCGCAGUUCAUUUUUACCGAACGAAAUCCCAAGUAA